GCCAAGUCAAAUCGGCUGGUUUUUCCGCAGGGAGGCAAGAGAAGUGUUUUGCUCCGGGGUUGAGCUACUUUACAGAGGUUCCCUCUUCGUGUUGUACUACAAAAGAUAACAGCAGGAAAUCUCCACUGUCUGGUUGAUGCUUCGCAAUGGAAAACAUUGCAGUUUCAAGACGGAACCUCAAGAAAGGAAACAAGGAAAAUUCUCAGCCAGCAAAUGGAAGCAAGUCCUUUAUCAAAAGAGAUCAGACGUCUGCUGUUCCCUUUCAACUGAAUAGCAACAAAAAAGAGGAAACCGUGGCAAAAAAUGGUCCUCUUAAAGCCAUGGUCAAACAGAUGGACACAAGGUCAACGUCUGGUGAGGCUCUGAAAAAGUUAAAGACCGUGCAGAGAGAUGGGAAAGGAGCUUCUGUUACUGAUGUCAAACGACAAACACAUAGCCAGGCUUUCCUCACUGAACAGGCGGUGAAAGGAAAAAAAAUAGUAGAAGGGCCAAAACCACCAGCUGCUGUGCCACCGCCAAAAUCUGCUCUCGGCAUGUACAAAGGCAAGAUGGUAGAGUCAAAAAUUGGAGCCAUUUGGAAGUCAGGGGCCACCAUGGGCAGGACAGCUCCAAAACCAUUAGCACCCAAAACAGACAGCCAGAGGGUUGGAAAUGUGACAAAAAUCAGGUCCAAAUCUGUUGCUGACCUUCCUGGGCAUAGCACACAAAACCCUGCACGGACGAGGUCCAAGUCGGUUAUAGAUAGACCUGCUCAGGUGUCCAGGCCCGCUGUCACCAGCCGUCCUCCUGCUGGAUUCUGCUCUGCUCGCCCUCCUGCCAGAACCGUCCCAGCAACACUAACCAGCACCAGUACCAGAAACACUAAUAUGGCUUUCACCAAGAGGAGUGGGACUCAGAACUCAAAGCCAAAGAUUCAAGUGACAGAGAAGAAGGUCAACAAACCUCCUGUCUCAAGCACCAUCAGCCAGUACAGAUUUACCAUGGAAACUGCAGAGGAAAGAAAAGCGAAACUGGCAGAGUGGCUAGCUUCCAAAGGCAAGAAUUUUAAGAGACCAGCCAUGACAGCAAGAACACCCUCAAAAACCAAAGCCCCUGCAAAACCCGAAGCUGAUCUCAAACCACAGUCUGCACCUUGCAACCCUGAACCUGAAUCCAGUCUGGUGGCACAGAAGGCAGACUCUGCUGCUCACUGUGCAGAUACCCAGGAACCAGAACUAACAACACACAGUCAAUCUCCAGUGAUCAUGAACACCACCCUGGACCUGCUGGAAGACUCUGAUGCAGAUCUGCUCAUUGACCCACAGGACAGAGUGGAUGAUAUUGUUGUGAACCUGUGUGAUGCUUUAGAUGCCAUGGCAACACCCUCGAGAUGCAGUGAUGAUCUUACACAGGUGACAGAUGAGUGCAAUGAUGUUGAAGUGGAAGAUAGUGAACCAAAGGAUGAAGGUAAAAAAGAGGAGCUGAAGAAUGAAAUGCCUGAGGUUGUUAGCGAGCAGCCGAAGGUAGAGAAAGUGAAUGAUGGAGGGGAAAGUGAUGACCAGAAAGUGGAGACGGAUGAUGAUUAUGAAGGAGCAAGUGAUGAUUGUGUGAUGGAGACCACGCCACAGAUGGAGGAUGCCUCAGUAGUGAAGUACAGCGUGAAAACCACUCCAUACCUGCAGAGUGUCAAGAGGACAAUUGAAGAGGAUGUUGGCAGAAGUGCAUCGAGGAGAAAGAGCAACAUCAAAGAUCUGAAGUUUCUGACCCCCGUACGCCGUUCCUGCCGUAUCCAGCGCAAAUCCUCCCGCCUGCCGACAAUGCUGCUCGAUCAGGAUCCCUGCGUGUCGUCACUGGCAGAGUUGGUGAAGCUGGAUGACGAUUCAAACGCCUACAUCUAUAGAAAAAACCCUGCACUUCUGAAGGAUCUGCCAGACCAGCCUGGACUGUGAGGAGCUCUGUAUAUGCGUGCCAUUCUUAAAAAAAGACUUUUCAAAUGUAUGUUCUUGGAGCUAAUGGACACUUUAUACUGUUACUUUUUACUAAUCUGAAUGGGCAAAGAAUUUUAAUUGUCAUUUAAAUCAUUUUAUCCUUUUGGGAGGGUGGGGACAUAAUUCCUGUCUAAUUCUUUUCUGAAUGUAUUAUAGACUGCACUAUAAUUCACUACAAUAAAAGAAUGUUGUCUUAUCUUAA